AACAACAACAACAACAACAACAACAACAACAACAACAAGAAUCCACACAACCCUCUGAAAAAUCACACACUUGGUCUCCCCAAAGCAAUACAAACUCACCGCAAAAUCAUACACAAUCACAAGCACAACCUUUACCCACAACAGGUGUGAUUAUUGAAGUGAACCAUUUGAGUUUCAAUCGUACCUUGUACUUUCAAUUGUCACCUGAUGCUACUAUUGAACCUCUCGUUGCUUGGCUUAAAAUCUCAUUUCAAGAUAGUACUAUUUCUGGUAUGGUAUUGCAAUAUAAAGGAUUUGAUGGGUUAUGGAAAUGUCUCUUGAACCGUGACGAUUCACUAAAAAGAGUGUUGAAACAGAGCUUAAAGAACAAUACCAUGUUACAAAUGCGAGUACCAAGAGAACAAGAUCUUUUAAGUUCAGGAUAUACCGAUAAGCGUCUUUUAGCUUUGACUACCAAAUUAACAACACCUAAUAUGAAUGUCAUUGUGCCACCUGUACCUCAACCAACAGAAGAGAAAUAAAAAUACAC